UUGAAAACAGUGGCAAAUAAAAUUUUGGAUGCAGUGUAAAAAAGUAGUGUUGAAUGACUUCUUUCUUUUAAAAAAAUAAUAAUAAAUAAUAAUAAUAAUAAUAAUAAUAAUAAUAAUGAUAAUAAUCACCAGAAUAAUUUUUUCAACAUAAGAGCUCAGUUUACAGUUUACAGUUACCCCACUUUUUUGCCAAUUUAUAUGAAUGGCAAGAAAAUAUAAUUUUGUUUAUUUUUCUUCAUGGCAUCUUCAUAUAUUUUAGAUAAAGCUUGAAAUUUGAUAUUUAAAUAGUAGAACACUACAGUUCUCUUUCUAGUCCUAAAGCCCACAUCUCUCAACCUAGAGUUUAUCCAUGUACCCUAUUUCCAUCCAACAGAUGAUCAGUUCUGGGAUGGCUUACCUUGACAUAUUUUAGCCUGAAGAGCACACACAGACUUUAAUUGAUUGUAUAUAUGAAGACUUAAUUGUUUAUAAGGAGGACAUAUGGUCUUGUUGGUUCUUCCAUUUCUCAUGAUAUUUUAUACAUCUAAUAUUUAUGUAUUCAGAAGCUGCUAAUACUGUUGGCCUUUCUAAGACAAAAUUUUGGGACAUUACAUAGGCAUAACAAAGAAGAAUUAUAUCCAGUUGUAAUUCAGUGAUAUUUUUGUUAUAAGGAGGAACUUCAUUUUGUUUUGCAAUUGUGUAAUGGUAUUAUAUUUUACCUUAACUUCCAAAUUAUUUGCAGAAUGUGGAAAGCAAAUGUAGUUUGCUUUGUAGUCUUCUUCUUGGGUUUGGUUUGGAUGCCUGGGUGUGUGUUGGCACACUUCGUUCAGGUGAGCAACAUACCUGGGUCAUGACUCGUGGACCAUAUACUGCUAUUACUUUCUGGGAGUCCUCAACAGGAUGCCGUUAUGUCUACAAGUUAGGCCAGAAAGCUGGUCAUGACUAUGGGACUGUAGGCAGCAUCUUUAACCAAGACCGCUUCUAUGCUUCUGUUCAGGUAUCAGACAGAAUAGGAUACUGUAACUUUAUGUUAGAGGACGAAAAUGCUUGGAAGCGAAUGUUACCAAAUGCCACAUCCAGUAUGAUUCAAAAGGAGCCGUGUAUGGUAAAAAUUCUUCCUCCAAAUUGUGAUGCAGAAGGAACAAGCUCUGUGGUGGAGAUGCAGAUGAGAAUACUGAUGACUGAGUACAGAGCUGAUUUUGGACUAAGCACCAAUUUUGAUGAUCACUUAAGCCAUAUCCUGACACCAGCACUAUGGUCUUAUGAAAGAAAAGCUGUUUACAAUGUUGGUGAUGACGAUCAUGAGGCAAAAGGAGCAGAACAUUUUUCAGCUGCUCUAAUGCACACAAUUCCAGAGGGUCACACAUUCAAAGCAUUCCCUCUUCAUUUUAUGCACCAUUCACCACAACGGGCAUUUAAUUCCAUUAUGAGCUCCAGCAUUGGCCGCGAGAUAGUUGGGUGUCGUGGUGAUAAAGUCUGUUAUGCUGUGCGUGCUAUAACAGUUAACUAUCCUGAAAAUAUGUUCCUGACUUGGCUUAUGGUUGCUUGUUCUUACAGACCUGUUGGAUGAAAAGUUGGUAAGAUAUAUAUAUAGAAACAGAUAUUAGAUUUUAUUUCAGAAUUUUAUAACAUUGUCCAUAAUAAAUACCAACUAUUUAUGUACUUAUAAUAUAAACCCUAAAAAUUUA